AUGUGGAUGGCAUGGUAUGUGGCUGCCCUGCUGGUGACAGCUGUGAGUGGCCUCAGCCAAGAGACAAACACAGUCCUCAGGGUUACCAAAGACGUGCUGAGUAAUGCCAUCUCCGGCACACUGCAGCAGAGCGACGCCCUCCGCUCAGCCCUGAGAGAGGUGCCCAUGGGUGUUGGUGGUGUUCCUUACAAUGACUUCCAUGUCCGAGAGCCUCCCCCCAAAUACACCAAUGGCAAACAGCUUGGUGGCAAUUACAAAUACGGUCACAUUGAGACCAACGACAACACUGCUCAACUGGGGGGCAAGUACCGAUACGGGGAGAUCCUAGAGCCAGAUGGCAGCAUCAGGGACCUCCGGAACCAGGACUAUCGAAGCACCGAGAAUGCAUAUGGCAGAUACAGGAACCAGGGGCUGCAAUACAGGUCCGCAGAAGGCGCAGCAACCAUGGACAGGCGUCACCGGCGAGAGCUGAGGCCCGGGGAGAUCCCAGCUGGGGUGGCCACUGGGGCCCUGGGCCCUGGGGGUCUGCUGGGCACCGGGGGCAUGCUGGCAACCAACGGCAUCCUGUCAGGCCAAGGAGGCCUGCUGGGCGGAGGUGGUCUCCUUGGUGACGGAGGACUUCUCGGAGGAGGCGGUGUCCUGGGUGUGCUCGGCGAGGGCGGGAUCCUCAGCACAGUUCAAGGCAUCACGGGGCUGCGCAUCGUGGAGCUGACCCUCCCUCGGGUGUCCGUGAGGCUCCUGCCUGGGGUGGGCGUCUACCUGAGCCUGUAUACCCGUGUGGCCAUCAACGGGAAGAGUCUCAUUGGUUUCCUGGACAUCGCGGUGGAGGUGAACAUCACCGCCAAGGUGCGGCUGACCAUGGACCGCACAGGCUAUCCACGGCUGGUCAUCGAGCGGUGUGACACCCUGCUGGGGGGCAUCAAGGUCAAGCUGCUGCGGGGGCUUCUUCCCAACCUGGUGGACAACCUAGUGAACCGGGUCCUGGCCAACGUCCUCCCUGACUUGCUCUGCCCCAUUGUGGACGUGGUCCUGGGUCUUGUCAACGACCAGCUGGGGCUUGUGGACUCGCUGAUCCCGCUGGGGAUCUUGGGGAGUGUCCAGUACACCUUCUCCAGCCUCCCGCUGGUGACCGGAGAGUUCCUGGAGUUGGACCUCAAUACGCUGGUCGGCGAGGCCGGCGGGGAGCUCAUCGACUACCCGCUGGGGCGGCCGGCCGUGUCUCCCAGGCAAGGGAUGCCGCAGUUGCCGCCCAUGGGCGACAACACCAACUCCCAGCUGGCCAUCUCUGCCAACUUCCUGGGCUCGGUGCUGACCCUGCUGCAGAAGCAAGGGGCGCUGGACAUCGACAUCACCGACGGCAUGUUUGAAGAGCUUCCUCCGCUCACCACGUCCACGCUGGGAGCCCUGAUUCCCAAGGUGUUCCAGCAGUACCCCGAGUCCCGCCCGCUCACCAUCAGGAUCCAGGUGCCCAACCCUCCCACAGUGACGCUGCAGAAGGACAAGGCUCUGGUGCAGGUGUUCGCCACCUCCGAGGUCAUGGUCUCCCAGCCCAACGACGUGGAGACCACCAUCUGCCUCAUCGACGUGGACACAGACCUCUUGGCGUCAUUUUCUGUGGACGGGGAUAAGCUCAUGAUCGAUGCCAAGCUGGACAAGACCAACCUCAACCUCAGAACCUCGAAUGUGGGUAACUUUGAUGUGGGCCUCAUGGAGGUGCUGGUUGAGAAGAUCUUCGACCUGGCGUUCAUGCCCGCCAUGAACGCCGUGCUGGGUUCCGGGGUCCCUCUCCCCAAAAUCCUCAACAUCGACUUCAGCAACGCCGACAUCGACGUCUUGGAGGACCUUCUGGUGCUCAGCGCGUGAGUGACGGAGGCGGAGACUUUGUUGGAAGAAGCCAGAAUCAGCCAUUGAGGCCCAAGCCUCCAAUCCUCUUCUCCACCUGCCUCCACCUGACAAAGGACCCAG